AUGGAUGUUAUGAUGACGGCGCACAGUGUAUACAACUCCACGCUGCAAGGUAAAUGGGGUGAAGCUUUGAUGAUAUACAAAAGCGAUGAAAACAUUCACACGACACCAAUCAACAGCUCCGGCGACACUGCUUUGCAUGUGGCGGUGAACGACGACAGAGCAGAUAUGGUGGCGCAACUAGUGGAUGAAAUGAAGAGAAAAGGCACGCUGUUAUCGGCGCUGGAAACAAGGAAUGAUCGAGGCGAUGCCCCACUGCACUGUGCAGCAUCAAGAGGGUCCCUCAAGAUGUGCGUAAGCAUCGCUGAAGCUGAUCAAGGCAACCACAAGCCGAUUGAAGCUCGCAACAAGAAGGGAGAGACGCCUCUCUUUCUGGCUGCUCUUCACGGCCACAUGGAAGCUUUCCUUUACCUGUACUCUCGUUGCCCGGACAAGUCUAGUGGGCCCUGCAAAAGAACCAGCGAUGGAGAGACGGUCCUUCACUGCACCAUUCGCCGAGAGCACUUUGAGUUGGCAUUUGAAAUAAUUCGUCUGUACGGAGACCAGAUCGUGGGCUCUGUGGAUGAAAAGGGGACUACCCCUCUGCAUAUCCUGGCCAACAAACCUUCCUCCUUCGAAAGCAGCAGCAAUUUUAGAUGGUAUAGCAAGCUUGUCUACAACUGCAUGAUCGUGGAGCCAUUGAGGAGCCUCGAACAGCGCUCAAAGAACAAAUGGUUAAAUUCAGUUCAAAAAACCCAGACUACAGGGUUACGGGAUCUAAAGGAUUUAAAGAAGAAGAAACAAAAGCAUGUGUGGUGUCGCCGAAUACUGGAUCAACUGUGGAAGCACAAAGAUAUAGCAUACGUUGGAGGUGGAAGUGCACUCCAAAGCUAUUUGUUUCGACCUCCUACCGUCGAUGACGGAAAGAAAUUUCCCCAAUCUCCUGCAGGUGAUGUGAACAAACUGAAGAAGUCAAAUGAUGAUGGGAAAGAGAAGCCGAAGGAAGAAUUGCGACAACUCCUCAUAAGCCUGUGCAAGGGCAGCACCAGUGGAUCUGCUGAUGGCAAGGCUUUAACCGGAAGCUGCGUGUGCCUAGGCGAUGGAGAGAAGAAAGAAUGGGACAAAAAGGAGUCCGCACUAUUUAUCGCAGCCAAAAAUGGAGUGCUGGAAAUUCUGGAGAAAAUUCUACAGGAUAAACCAGGGGCCAUCCAUGAAACUAACUCCCAGGGCCAAAAUGUAUUGCACGUGGUUGUUGAGUACAGGCAACCUCAUGUUUUUAAGCUUCUCGAGAAGGAGAGGCUAUGGAAAAACCUCACUGGAGGCGUAGACAAUGAUGGCAACACUGUCCUCCACUUGGCCGCCAGGCUCUCCCGGUGCAAGCCCUGGCACAUCCCUGGAUCUGCCUUGCAGAUGCAGUGGGAAAUGAAAUGGUUUCUGUACAUCAAGGAUAUAACGCCCUGCUAUGUGCCAUUCCUCCCCAACAACAACCAGGAAACACCGGUGGAGAUUUUCAGAAAAGAUCACGAGGACCUGGUCAAAGAAGGCGCUGAGUGGCUCAACCACACGUCGGAGUCGUGCUCCGUCGUGGCCGCCCUUAUUGCCGGCGUGGCCUUUACCACGUCUACCACCAUCCCCGGCGGUACUCAGGAGGAGACCGGUAAGCCUUACUUGGAGCGCCACCCAGCUUUCAACAUGUUUGCAUUCACCUCCCUCUUGGCUCUCUGCUGCUCCAUCACAUCUCUCACCAUGUUCCUCGCCAUCCUCACUUCCCGCCAGCAACCUAGAGAUUUCCGCAAAGAUUUGCCUCUCAAGCUUCUUUUGGGGUUGAGUUCCCUAUUUGUGUCCAUCGCUUCCAUAUUGGUUUCUUUCUCUGCCGCGUUCUUCUUCGUGCUCAAGGACAACCUCAAGCAGGCUGUAUUCCCGCUCUACGCCGCCACUAUCUUGCCUCUGACAUUCUACGCCGUAGCUCAAUUCCCCCUCUACGCUGAUCUUGUCAGAGCUAUUUUCAGUAAAGUUCCGCAGUCCAGUAAUAGAGAAUCUGAGAAACUCAUUCUCUGAAACUCUAAUUACAUUUCCCUGCAUUAAUUCUCCCAAUUGCUGAGUAGCACUCUAUUCUGUUAUCAACAACUCUGGCUAGUCUUUUGAAAUGAUGAUUUCAUUUUUGUGC